AUGACGUGGAGACAGAAAGUUGACGAUCUGCUGCGGGUACACAAUUUCCCGGUCAAAUUAAAAGAAGAACAGAUAGAGAUACUUUCUGCAGUGUUUGAGGGAAAGGAUGUGUUUGCCCAGCUUCCUACUGGCUAUGGAAAAAGCCUGAUUUACACACUCAUCCCACUUCUGCUGGACAAACUUCACGUGGAAUGCAAGCACACAAUUCUUGUAAUUUCUCCUUUGCGAGCUUUAAUGCAGGAUCAGGUGCAAUCACUGAAUGCCCACAAUGUGAAAGCUAGAGCUCUUUUGGACACCACUUCAUUGGAAGAACUUGAAGGUAGCAGCAUUUUAUUUUCCUCCCCUGAAGCUGCAGUAUUGCCGAAAUGGAAGAAAAUAAUUAGGAAAACAGCUAUUUCAGUUGUUGUGUUUGAUGAGGCUCACUGCAUAUCACAAUGGGGUCUUGACUUUAGACCAGACUACCGAAAGGUAUCCACAUUGCAGAGUUGGCUGUCUGCUCCAACUCUUGUGUUGACUGCCACUGCUACAGCAGAUAUCCAGAAAGACAUAUAUGAAGUGUUGGGGAUGACCGAGGACAGCACUAAAGUCAUUGCUCUUUUACCAGACAGGUAUCAUCCCUUGAAGUUGCUGCCAUUUUGUUGUCCCAUUAACCCGAGCAUUUUGAGCAUCAUUUACCCGUUCACAACUCAAGCCAUCAGCAUGAAGGGGUAUUAUCAAGGGUGAACCAUCCGGUUUCAUUGGAACAUAUUUAUGACAGUUGUGAAUAUUGAUGAGGAAUAUGCCACAAAAUCUUAUCCUCCAUUUCAUUAAAAAAUGGUAUCCUUUUGCAAAGUAUUCUUUCAACAAGCACUGUCAUCUGUGACCUUAAGUCCACUUCAUCCAAUUCACAGGGAAGCAAUUUGAACAGAGGAAUAUUCAGAAUAUCAUCUGGAGAGGGUUGUUCAUCACUGAGGUGAAGAGUGUUGAUGCGAUCUAAGGCUGCAUAUGCUUGCACCAUAUUGAACAUCUUAUUCUUUUUGUCCCUUGUCUGGUGCCUGACUGUAGUUUUUUGAUUAACGUUAUCAAAGCAGACAGAAAAACAUGGUUUUCCUGGAAUAAAGGCAGGUAUCAGUGGAAAGAACAUUCAUAGAAAGUCUGCUUCACAAAUGUUAUUUGUGUGUUUCAAUAAUUAUAAAAUAUUCAGACUUUAAACAAAACAUUACCUCGAGGUUCUGAUACGUUGUCAGAAGACGUGCUUAACCUACUACUUGGGUCAUCAGAAUCACUAGUUAAUGAUUGCCUCCUAAGUAGUGGAAUGACAGGUUGACGCAUAGGUGACUGAGAAUGUCGCACAGGUGAUUGAGCAGGUGUGUCCACUGACAUUGGUGUUGAGCUCUCUGCAUAUGGAAUAGUGUCUGCUGUGGAAAUAUCUGAUGGUAGGAGUAAAUGAUCCGUGAUUGAACUUCGCCAUUCAAAGACUGUAGAAUCAAAAUUUCUCCUGAUCCUGUCUACUGCAUUCAUAGUACCAUGAAUACCAACACACAGUCCCAAAUGAUUGAAUCGGCUAAACAACUAAAAUGACAAAACACAUAUUUUUGAACAUUGAAAUGAAUUCAGUUACUGAUAAUAAUUAACAUAUUAAUUUCCAUAUACAUGCUUCUCCUAAUGAAAUAUAUUGCAACUUUAUUAUUUAAUUUAAUUUCUAUUUUACCUGACGUUUACAACUUGCAAGCCACAUUUGUAGGGCAUUUAACUCCUGCAAGUUUGCCAUUUUCUUCGGUUUUGUUUGGUAUGCCAGAAUGGACAUGACUGUGCCUAUGGUAGGUGCAGCUGAAAUAUGGGGUCUACCUCGUAGUGUCAUUGUCUCCAUUGUUCCUUUUGAUGUCAGAGCGCCAAGUAAACAAGCACUGAGUAGAGGACAAUGCACCUUCAUCUCAUCAAGGAAAUCAUUCCAUCUAAACUCUUUCCACUGUUGAAUUCCUUUAUGUGCUCCAAACUUUGAAUUACUUUGUUUCAAGAAAAUUCCCAUCUCAUCCUGAACAGCCUCUUUAGUGAGGGAGUAGAUAGCUUUCAGGGCUCCAGAUCUUGUGCUCAUUAGCAGUUUUAAUCCCCUCCUAUACUGUCGCAGUCUGAGAUAAGUCAAUGCCCUAUUGACAUCUACCUCUGCCUUUGUUAGCUAAAAAAUAUUGAUAUUCUAUAUUAUGAGAUUGAUCACUGAACAUUAUCUUCACCUUUUAUUAUGUCAGUAUGUUAAAUGAACAAAAUGUGUUUUUGAAACAGUAUCAUAUUUUGUACUUAUCUGAACAUUUAACUUAGAUGCAUGACAUUAUGUUUCAAAACAAGCAUAUACUGUUUACCUUUUUUCUUUUAAUCUGUGGGUAUUGUGUCUGAAACAUGCUCUCACCACUUCCUGAUGGUACCUCUUGUGACUAUGUAACAUAGAAAUAAAUCUUUGUUUUCAUA